AUUUGCAUGCUGCUGGGGUUCUUAGUGCUAACUGUCCACGGAGCCCUUAUGAGUUUGACCUCGACGCCCCAGAAUACGCGGCCCAGCCCGCCGACAGUAUCCACUGUUGUACAGUUGAACAUCGGGGGCCAGAUCUACACCACCACCUUGGGCACCCUGAGAAAACUCCCAGGCUCGAAGCUCUCAGAGAUGUUCUCUAGCUCAACCAAGGCGUGCACUGAUGCAGAGGGCCGCUUCUUCAUAGAUCGCCCUGGCACCUAUUUUGGGCCCAUUCUGGACUACCUACGCAGCGGGCAGGUGCCUACACAGCACAUCCCUGAGGUGUACCGCGAGGCUCAAUUCUACGAAAUCCAGCCUUUGGUUAAGCUCUUGGAGGACAUGCCCCAGAUUUUUGGUGAGCAGGUGGCGCGGAAGCAGUUCUUACUGCGAGUGCCUGGCUACAGUGAGAAUCUAGAGCUCCUGUUGCGCCUGGCAAGGGCAGAGGCCGUGGCACUACGCUAUUCCAGUGUGGUGGUGUGUGUGGUGCGCACUGAGGAGGAAGCUGCCAGGUGUGCCCAGCCACUCUGUUCUCUGGAGGCCAGAAAGAUGCCAGUUGUCAAGUUUGGGCCCUGGAAGGUAGGCCCAGAAAUCAAGGACCUUCUGUACUGUGUGGAGAUGGACAUUAAGGCGCAGGGCUACCAGGUGUCCUGUGGGAGAUACUACCUGGAUCAUGCAUUCCGGGCCAAGGUCACUGAUUGCUUCCAUAUAUUCACCUUCACCUGGUGGUGAUCCCCAGGGGCUGGGACUGUGUUACAGGCUCUGGUGGGGCUCAUGAAAUUAAAAAAUUGUCAUCAAAAGCCAUCUUCCUUUUACUUAAUAUACAAACAUCAAACAACUUCCAAGUUUGGCUUACAGCCUUGUCCCCAAAUAUUUAUAUACACACCCUUCCUCAAACUUUCCACUCAUUGUACCUGACCCCUGUGCAUUUGCCUAGAAAGUUGCAGCUGCUCCCUCUUCAAAGCCUCACAUUCUUGCCAGACCCUUGAUGUACAAUAACAAGACUAAGAUAAAUAAAAAUGUUUCAACAAUUCUUUGCCAGGAGAUGCAGGAUAACAAAAGGAAAAGACAUGAUACCAUGAAUCUUGAUAGUCUGACCUAAAUAUGAUAUCUAUUCAGGCUCAGGUAGUGGUCCAGUCCAUCCUUACCUGGAAUGUAUCUUCCUGAGGAAAAUCUGAAGUUAGUACCUAUAAUAGAU